UCAGGGUGGUUGGAUUGCGAGGCGAUGAAAUAGUAGCUAGUAGUGCUGACUCAGUGUGUUCACUUAAAUACAUGCACUUGCACAGGUCAGACUCUGUUACACUUAACCAACAGCUCUCCUGAUAUUAGUAUGGCGCAUGUUGGCUUUCUAUUUGUCACUGUUCUCGCAUGUAGCUCUCUGCCGUUGGCGCACGGAUUACGAAAGGCUAGAUUUAUAUUGACAGAAAAUGCGGUGGACUUCCCAGAGAAGCAACUGCACGGGAACGAUAUGUCCAGCAACAUGAAGCUACUAUUGGGAGCCGAUGGGCAGAUGUAUGCUGGAGGUGGACAGCGUUUAUUCCGUGUCAAUUUCCAGGCGGACUAUUUCCAGGAUCAGGUGCCUGUGAUGCAAUGCAGACUGGGUUCAGACUGCAAUAUCACCGUGAUGCAGCCAGGGAGAGAUGGAUACCCUCUGUUUGUGUGCACAGCAGAUGGGGACGACACAACCUGCUGCUAUGUGGCAACAAAUGGCUCAUUGUCAGACUGUCGCGAUGACUACAUCAGAGGAGGAGAGCCAGCUCUACUCACUGGAGAGGACCUCUACACCACACACUCUGACGCUGGAUACAGAAACGGAGUCUACAAGAACUCCAAGAACUAUCUUGUCAUGCCCCAGAGUCAAGCAGAUCAAAGGUAUGUGAAGGUGGUGGAAAGAAGAGAUAAAGAGAACCCGUUGCAAGACAAGCUCUAUGCAUUCUACACAGAAAAGAAUCUCGAUCAGAACCCAGAUUCUGACAUCUUCACCCCCCGUGUUUCUCAGAUCUGCAUGGCUGAUCUGGGAGGUUCAAAGGACACCCUGCAGUUCCAGUGGACGUCUCAGCUGAGCAGCCGCCUGUCCUGUGGGGACCCCAGCAGGAAGCUGUACUACACCGAGCUGCUGGACGUGGCCGUGCUGCCGUCUGAGGAUGGAGCAGACGCCAGGGUCUACGGGCUCUUCAGAAACGGCUGGAAAAUGAGGGCCGUUUGUGUGUACGCUAUGAGUGACAUCGGUCGGGUCUUCUCUACCUCUGCUCUCUCCAUACCCACUGACACUUUGAGAGAGCGCCCUGGAGAGUGUGUUCAGGACAGCAGGAAACUCUCUCCACACCUGCUCAAGUACAUGAAGAACGAUCCAGAGAUGGUGGAUUGGGUGAAGCCCAUAGGGAACAGCGCCUCCCUGCUGGUCAGUCACCGCCACUACAGCCACAUCCAGGUGGACCGUGUCCGAGGGACAGAGGGUCAGGAAGGACACAACGUCCUGCUGCUGUCCACGGAGAGCGGUGCGGUUCACAAAGUCCUGGAGAACUCCUCUGACCCUUUCAUCAUUGCGGAGUAUCACCCUUUCAAACCCGGAACACACAUCCUCAGUAUGCUGCUGGACAGUUCUCAGAAGAAACUCUAUGUGAGCUCCAAUGCUGAGGUGGUUCAGAUUGACCUGAGGAACUGCAGUGUGUACGGGGACCAAUGUGCUGACUGCAUCUUAGCAAGAGAUCCCUACUGCGGCUGGGACCGUAACCAAACAAGUUGUUCAACGUAUUCAGAGGACACUAUUCAGGAUGUUGAAGAUGGAAAUGUCCAUAAAUGCACAGACGGUCCAGUUAUUGAUCCUAGCACAGAGGGGCCUCAGAAGGGUGAUGCCGACACUAUUGACAUUUCGGAGUCCUCCAGACACUUCCUGCCCUGCCCCGUUCAUUCCCAGCAUGCCGAGUACCGCUGGAUGCAGGGCGGAGAGGAGAGGCAGUCGAUCAUGGACAGCGAGCAGGAGCAGUUAGUGCUGCUGAUAGAUGGCAUGAGGGCUGAAGAUGAGGGCCUGUACCAGUGUGAGGCCAGGGAGGGAGACUACAGGAAGACAGUGGUCCAGUAUGAGCUGAGGAUGAGCAGUGCAGUGGGGGGACUAAAGAGCUCUCCUCUGGCCUUGGCCUUGCUGCUGCUGCUGCUGUUUACUCUGUUACUUUAGAGGUCUGCUGGACCUGCUCCGUGUUGGGUCCUGUUCCGUGACCUGGUUGAGUGAGUGAGUGUGUGGGUGAGAGAGAGAGAGAGAGAAGACAAAGAGAGAGAUUUCUUUAUCCCCUCUUCUGGGUGGAGGUGGCUUGCUGCCCCACAGCUGUCAAGCAUGGCGAUUUCCUGAGGAGCUUUUCACUGAUUUAUUUGUAUGUUGUAAUACAGUGGGAGAGGGGGGUGGAGAAAGAGAGAGAGAGAGAGAGAGAGAGAGAGAGAG